AUGAAAUUCGCCGCUGGUAUCAUCUUCCUCGCCACCCAGCUCGCUGGGGGUCUCUGUGUCGCCGUUGCCAAUGAUGCCGCCGCUGCAGAAUGUGGCGCACUCGGUGUCAUGGUAGCCGACGAGAGCAAUCAUGCGAGCGACGUCCGCAAAUGUGCUGACCAUCCCAUUAAACAUGAAGAUCGCAGAAAGACAUGGGAAUCCUUAGCACCAUUCGACAACACGACUGCAGCCAGCACCCUGACCACUAGAAAUGACGACGCGUGCUACUAUGACGCGCCUUCUGGCUGUUCAGGAGGAUACUGUUGGAAGGCUUGUGGCACCCCUGGUGAUGGAAAAUGGUGCUGGACAGCUGCAGGCGAUGGGUCUGGGAAGUGGUUGACGUGCAAGUCGUACGCUGAGUGCAACCCGAAGGCAUCGUGUGGCAAGGGGAUUGGGUGCGCUAGUUGCGGUUGCAGCUGCUAA